AUGGGUCGCGUCAUUCGCAACCAGCGUAAGGGCCGCGGAAGCAUCUUCACCGCAAACACCCGUCUCCGGAAGGCGCCCGCGAAGUUCCGCAACCUCGAUUUCGCCGAGCGACAUGGAUAUGUCCGCGGUAUCGUGAAGGAGAUCAUCCACGAUCCUGGCCGUGGAGCGCCGCUGGCGCGCGUCACCUUCAACUCGCCGUACAAGUUCAAGAAGCAGACCGAGACGUUCAUUGCCAACGAGGGCAUGUACACCGGCCAGUUCAUCUACGCCGGCAAGAACGCCGCCCUAACAAUCGGCAACAUCCUUCCCCUAUCCUCCGUCCCCGAGGGUACCGUCGUCUCCAACGUCGAGGAGAAGGUGGGCGACCGUGGCUCGCUCGGCCGCACGUCCGGCAACUACAUCACCGUUGUCGGCCACAACCCCGAUGAGGGCAAGACCCGCAUUAAGCUCCCCUCGGGCGCCAAGAAGGUUGUCAGCAGCAACGCCCGUGGCAUGAUCGGUAUCGUUGCCGGUGGUGGCAGAACAGACAAGCCCCUCCUCAAGGCUUCGCGUGCCAAGCACAAGUUCGCGGUUAAGAAGAACAACUGGCCCAAGACUCGUGGUGUUGCCAUGAACCCCGUUGACCAUCCCCACGGUGGUGGUAACCAUCAACAUAUUGGUAAGGCGUCGACGAUCUCGAGAUACGCGACCCAGGGACAAAAGGCGGGUCUCAUUGCUGCGAGAAGAACGGGUCUGCUGCGUGGUACUCAGAAGACGAAGGACUAA